CACAACUGAUUUGGCCAAUGGCGGCCAACGAGUGAAUCACAUUCCGCGCAUCUUCCAAAGCGCCAUGGGUCGGGCAUCUCAACAGGACUGCGGUCGUGUAUACCGUCGUGGAUUGGCGAUGCAUGGGGUUGAUAGAGCUGGUGGAGUUGUUCCAAGGUCAGUCUGUUCAGAAACUCCCAGCCAGGCAGAUGUGGCUGAAGUUUGACAAGGACACAAGUGGGGUUAUGGAUCGCAAAGAGGUUGAUCAGCUCCUGCGGGACAUUUGGAAGACCUACAAGGUCCAGAAGCCACUCUCAGCAGAUGUGGUCCAGAACAUCUUGGCUGAGUUGGAUGUCAACAAGGAUGGCAAGAUUGUUCAGAAGGAGUUUGAGGACCUUUACGAUGACUUGUGGGACGAAAUGGCCCAAGCUUAUGCCAGCCCAAAGGAAGGCUCGCAGGCGUCGGCCAUAAGCCCCACUUCAGAAAACAAAGCCAGCAAGGAUGUCUCACCAAAGGCGAAGCCAAAAGAGAAGGUGAAGGCUACAGCUGAAGAGCCAACCCACAUCCGCUGUCCACAUUGUGCCUUCGAGAUAGACCCCCGGCAGUUGCACAGGCUGAAAGUGCCACCAGAGGCACUAUCGGUUUCACCUGGGCCAUGGCAGGGUGUGUCUUCAGGCUAUGCAAAUGCCAUGCCAGCUAUAGCAGCCGCUCCAGUACCAGCUGGUACUUCUUUCCACGGCCAGGUGCCUGCCUCGUUCUUUCAGACUUCCCAUGGUUGGUGGGCGCAACCGCCUGGAUCAUGAAA